AUGGGAAGUCUUUGGCUGCAGGGUCUGGGUAAAACCGUCACCACCAUUGCGCUCAUCUUGACUGCCCCGGCUCCCAAUAUGGUAGAUGCAGACAGAUCGCUCGCAGCUAAAGACCCCUGGGAGAAGGGGGCUCUGCGCGGCGGAACCCUGAUUGUGGUGCCAACUUCUGUGUUGCACCAGUGGCACCAAGAGCUCAAAGACAAGGUUGCAACCUUUGCUGGCUUACGUACACAUGUGUACCAUGGCAAGAGCAAAGCAUGGACAGGGCAGGAGCUAGCCAGAUAUGGCGUUGUCCUGACAACCUAUGCCAUUAUGGGCCUUGAAGCUCCGCCCCCAAGGCCAUGCCCGCUGUUUGAGGUGGACUGGCACAGAGUCAUCCUUGACGAAGCCCAGAGCAUCAAGAAUGCUCACACCCUUGCCAGCCAUGCCAGCAGGUGCCUGCAGACAUCAAGGCGGUGGUGUCUUACUGGAACACCCAUUCAGAACACAGUCGAUGAUCUGUACUCGUACUUCCGUUUCCUGCGAUACGAGCCGUACUCGCGGCAAGCCGCCUUCAAGUCCAUGCUGAAAGAGCCGCUCCAGUCCAACCCAAAGCAUGGCUCCAAGCUGCUCAGGGCUGCCCUGCAGGGUGUGCUGUUGCGACGGACAAAGGGAUCGACUCUGAAUGGGGAGCCCAUAGUGGAGCUGCCUGCGCGUCAGGUUGAGGUCGUCAGAUUGCACUUCUCGGCUGGAGAGAGGGCAGCCUAUGAUGAACUGCAGCGCAGCUCAAUGUCGCAGCUGAAGGAGCAUGCAGUUAUUCAUCGAGGUGCUAAGACGAGCUACAUGAACAUGCUGUUGCUGCUGCUGCGGCUUCGACAGGCAUGCAACCAUCCAUGGGAUGAUGAGGUGUCAGCCAUUGAUGCAUCACUGCGGGACUCUCUUCUGAUCAGACUGGAGCAGCCAGACAGCAGCCUGUGUGGCAUCUGUGGUGACGUGGCAGAAGAGCCUGCCAUGACUCCCUGUGCCCACAGCUUCUGCCGACAAUGCCUCACAACCCAGGUUCAGAACCACGCAGGAGAGCAGAGCUACAAGUGUCCGACUUGCUCCGCUACUAUCAAAGAUGCCCAGGUGAUUGUGUUUUCCCAGUGGACGCGCAUGCUGGACCUCAUCCAGUCAGCGCUGCAGGCCAACCACAUCCGCUUCAGCCGCCUGGAUGGCACCUUGGGAGUCUCUGCUCGGUCCCAUGCAGUGGCGCAAUUCAAUGCGAACAAGGGCACAAAUGUGCUGCUAGUCUCUCUGAAGGCGGCAUCGCUGGGCCUGAACCUGACAGCGGCAUCCUAUGUUGUGCUGAUGGACCUCUGGUGGAACCCCUCUGUGGAAGAGCAGGCCAUUGACCGUGCGCAUCGCAUCGGCCAGACGCGCACCGUGCGAGUCAUGCGCCUGACAAUAGCCGACACUGUGGAGGACAGAAUUCUGGCGCUGCAGGAAAAGAAGCGCAAGCUUGCCGAGGCAGCCUUGGGAGAUGGUGAUGGUGGUGUGCAGGCCUCUCGCCUGACGAUGGAGGAUUUGCAGUACCUUUUCUCAGCAUCCUAG